AUGUCCGUAAUUACGCGGCCCUUACUGAACACGGUCCAUUACCUGCGCAAAGCGGCUCAUGAGCGUCCUGUGGUGUUCUUCUCGAUCAUUGUCGGCGCGAUUGGUAUGUCUCCUAUACUGACACCGGUAGGCCCUGCCCUUGUCUUGACCGUGCCCCCAAUGCGCAUGCAGAUGGGCUGGAAGCCCGCUGAGCGCAUUCCUGUGUCGUAUCCUUGUAUGUACUAUGCACGACUGACUCCAGUGCCCGCGGGGCCUCGCGAGGCUGUGUCCGGCUACGACGACGAAUAA